AUGACCUCACUUAAGGCAUACGUUUAUUGUCAUCACCCAAAUGUCAUCUUCAUACAAGAGGCUUUUGUUGGACAUGCUCUAGGAACUGUAGCACCCUCCCUCAGUGGUUAUAUUUCUUAUGUUCAUCAUGUUAGGAAUGGGCUCAUCACUUACAUCCAUUCCUCUGUUCAGCACCGACUACUCCGUUCUUCUGAUGAUGACAGUACCACUUUUCAACUCCUGGAGGUUAAGCUGGGAGAAGGAAAGAUUCGUCUCUGCAACAUCUAUUCUGCUCCAGGAAGGAUAAAUAUUGAUACUCUGCCUUCUCCCAUGAACCACAGCAUAGUCUAUAUUGGUGAUUUUAAUGCUCAACACCCUGCUUUAGGUGGACGUUCCAACACUGUCAACUAUAGCGGCACACGACUCAUGAAAUUCAUGCAGCAUAACCAUCUAACUCGCUGGGAUACAGGAGGUGCCACACAUUCUCGAGGAGGCACCCUCGACCACAUACUCACCUACAGACUUGUUGCGUCUCAGGUCAGGUGCUCAUCUGUACCUGCUCUUUUCUCUGAUCACCUUGCCCUCAGCCUUCAAUACUCGAUUCCUUCUGUGAAUUCGUCUGCCUAUCAACGUACCCGGAUCAGUAUUCCCCCAAAGUAUUGUCCUAGCUAUAUCUCCUACAUGUCUGCUCUCAUCUUCAAGCUUGAUGUCACUUCUCCUGAGAAGUUAUACUCCUCUCUUGUUUCUUUAACACAUGAUUUUUAUAGCCACUAUGUUCGCAAGACAAACAUCAAGUGCCAGCCUGAAGCUCAUGAGUGGACGCUUGAUAGACGCAUCAAGGCAGCAGAGAGACAGGCCAUAGAGGAUAGCCAUGUCUAUCAGAUGGAUCCAACCCCAGACAACUUACAGCAGUACCAGACAUCCAGUAGUGCUCUUGUUGCCUUACAACAGUGUGUGUAUCGUGAUGCCUGGCAUGAUUUCACCAAUACCAUCAAUCAUCAGACAAGCAUAGGGUCCAUGUGCCAACUCAUCAAGAAGGUGGUAAAGAAAAAGAUGUCAAGUGCACUCCAUCACAGUCCAGUUAAAUAUGCCCAAGAUCUUGUUGAGAGCUGGUCACAGCAAUCUAGUGUUCAUAGCCUUCCUUCACAUAUACAAGAGCUGCUCUCUUCUCAGAAAACCCGUCGUGCUCUACACCUGUCAGCAGCCCUGCUAAGGAAAGAUGAGGAAGAAGACAUACCAAUAACAAAGGAUGAACUUCGUCGUGCUCUUGCUAGCGGUAGGGCAUCAGCCCCAGGUUGGACGAAGAGCCUCAUUGUACCUGUUCCUAAGCCUGGCACUGACAAGUUUAGACCAAUAUCCCUUACAUCAUGCUUCUGUAAAGUGCUGGAGCGUAUCCUCUUGAAUCGCCUUAUGUAUCGCCUUCAGGACAAACUAUCAUCCAGGUUAUAUGGAUUCCUGCCCCAACGCAGCACACACCAUUGUCUAUUGGAGCUUUACACUCGCCUCUCCUCUACAAGUCUUGUCGCAUUCAUUGACCUGAAAAGUGCCUUUGACAUUGCAAAUCCAGAUGUGAUCCUCGACCAGCUUGUGGACUUUGGUAUUAGUGGCAAUCUCUUGCGAUGGAUACGAGGGUACUUAAGCAACAGAUCAUCCUAUGUCCUCUUUAAAGGUGCCUGCAGCACACGUAAGUGCUUUGGCCUUGGGACUCCACAGGGAGGUGUCCUUAGCCCAUUUCUUUUCAAUAUCCUUAUGCACCGCCUCAUAUCCCAGCUCCCUGCCAUCCCAGGGACUACAAUUACGUGCUAUGCUGACGACAUCUGCAUUCACUCCAACUCACCAGAAGAUCUACAGCGCUUACUUCAUCUAUUUUACGAAUCUACCUCUUCAUGUGGCCUCAUCAUCUCUCCUGAAAAAAGUGGGAUCUUCUCUCUACUAAACCCACGAACACUACCUGAAUUUCUAGUGGGCCCCAGCAUUAUACCAUUCUGCGCACAGUAUCUUUACUUGGGUGCUCCAGCUCGAGUCCUUCCUACGAUACCAGCACGUCAACGUGUCCAUCCCAUUGUUCAGGAAUUACUGACACGGCUACAACGGCGCCUUGAACCCCUUCGCUGGUUAACCAACAAUGCUGCUGGGGUCUCCAUUCCUGUGGCCAGAAAUAUUUAUACAGCUUUUAUCCGUUCAGUAGUUGAUUACCUAUCUCCAACUCUUAGUCAACUCUCCAAGACAGCGCUAGAUCCCCUAGAAAAAUUUCAGAAAAAGGCAAUGCGCUGCAUUCUAGGAUGCCCAAUGUCCACAAGUAUUGCUAACAUGCAGCAGGAGCUUCAUCUCCUUCCUCUUGUGGAACGAAUCUAUGCCAAUGUAACAUUCUUUACUGUUAAGUGUCUCCACUCAUCCAGUCUUGCUCAACAUUAUGCAGGCCUUAUUAAUAUGUCUCUGGAUCCCAAUUCUCGUCCCCCACAACUCCGACCAGGUGGCUGUGCUGUUAUUAGGAAUGUUUGCCGAGACCUUAGAAGAUUGGACAUUAAUGUUCCCCAAGAGGAAGUUGACCAUGGUCCUCCCCCGUGGCAGAUUCCUCCUCUAGCAGUUUCCUACACUCCCACCUGUAGGAGGGACUUACCCUGCCAACAGAAACAACUAGCCCUAGAGACCAUUGACAAAGUAAGGUCUUCCAUUCCUGCCUCUCACACCCUCUACAUUGACGGUUCCUUACAAAUUGAUGGAACUGCAGGCUGUGCUGUCUUCUCUCCUACCAUGGAACCACCGUAUGGGGGAUGGACUGGACGCCGUCUGCAGGACUGGUCAAGCUCUACCUCCUGUGAACUGCAUGGGCUCCUAGAUGCUGUUAGCCUACUUCUACGGACCGGAAGUAAUGGACUAGUUAUUUGUGACUCGCAGUCUGCUCUUCGUGCCCUCUCCUCGCCAAAGCCUGAAGCCCGAGUAACAGCGAAUGAAGUUGUAGACCGUCUUGCCAAAGCUGCCUGUAGGUUUGUCUUACCUGCGGCUGACGUCUCGCCAGCAACCCUCUCCUACUACAAGCGGAGGAUACGUGCUUCCGCUCAUUUGUCAACCACCCGGCGCAGGAACGCCGAGCGGCCAGCGAGCGUAAGCAUCCAGCAUUACGACCACUUUGCCUCUCAUCCCUACAAAUACCGACGCCGCGGUCUGUUGGUAAGAAGACACAAUGUGGUGGCUGCCCGGCUCCGGUUAGGCUACAGACCAGUGUGGCAGGUGGGCGAGUCAGAGGACGUGCCCUAG